AUGGCAGUUUUCACUGUACUAGUCUGUGGUGCCUUGUCGCUGUCAUUUUGUUACUCUGAUCAAGACCAACAGUUUAGGUGUGUCUUCUUAUUCUCUCUUUUCGAUACAGCUACAUGUAUAAGAUUAUGUUACCUUCUUGUAACCCUAACAAUUGAGAAUUAAAGAAUAAAUUUUGAAUGAUAAUAAUAUAGAACUGAGAGUAUGAUAUGUCUGACCAUAAUUCAACCAUUAACGAUUUGCCGCUAGUUAAUUCGUAGAAGAACUUAUUCAAAUAUCCAUGUGUGAAGUUACUAACUUGUAUUGAUAAUCGUUCAAGCGAAACCUUACAGUAAGAAAGCAGUUAAAGCUUUGAACGUAGGAAAACGUUUUCUGAAUUAAUGUAGCUGUUCAUCAAGGAGAACUCAGGGACUGUGCGAGUUUAGCUAAUAAUAUUUCACUUUUAUCUUUAGAGGCUUUGGAGAUGUCAUGCUGAGCGGUUUUCGUGCACUCUCUGAGCAGCUACCAAUUGAAGGAGAUUACACAAAUCUCAAGUGA